UGGGAUUUGAGAUUUGAGAUCUAGCUGCGCUAUUGGGAGAUGUUUCUCCUUUUCAUUUUUCUUUUGUUCCCUUCUCUUUCGUUUUCUUUUUUCGUCCCAUUCCUUUCCCUUAGUUCUCUUUGUUCCCCGCUCCUUUUCUUUUCAUUUCCAAUAUUUCCGUCAUUUUUAUUUAGAUAUUACGUGUCUUUUACUCAGGACAUCGCUUCUCGUUUGACAUCGCACUCUCGCUCAUGUACAAUAUACAGUGUACGUUCCAUUGAAUGCAGGUGCUUUGACAACCACUGCAGUAUGUCAUGUUAUUCAAUGUCAAAGGUCAACAUGACAAUACAACGGAGCAACACGACUGUUUCUUCUUCGUUUUGGAAUAUUGUACGUUCUUUUCCCUUGGAAGAAGGGGUCUGAUUAGUGUUAAAUAAUAAGAAAGGGGAGUGUGCAUAGAUUGAGUCUCUUUCUACAAUAUAUUGACCGUGAGAGCGAUAUAUACACCUCCCUUCCUGACGUGAGCGUCGGAUGUACAAUUUGCAUUC